AUGGCGUCGUCGGUCCCUCUGCUCAUCAGUGUCGUUCUCCCAGCAGGAAAGAUCCACAAGGUCCCCGCCGAUCACAGACCUUCAGAGUUCGACAAGAAACUCCUGCUGUGGACCGGGCGGUUCAAAUCCCUGGAGGAGAUCCCGCUCCGGGUCCCGCCGGAAAUGAUAGGUGCUGCAAGAAACAAAGCUCGAGUGAAAGUUUGCUACAUAAUGAUUGGACUCACAAUUAUUGCCUGCUUUGCUAUGAUUGCAUCGGGCAAAAGGGCUGCCCAGCGACGUGAAUCCUUAACAAGUUGGAACUUGGCAAAAAAAGCUAAGUGGCGUGAGGAAGCUGCGCUGGCUGCACAGGCUAAAGCUAAAUAA